GCUCAACGCUCAAAGCCUAACCUGCCCGAUGACGAUGCGCGCAGUUGCUGCUGCGUUCAUUGGCUGGCAUGCGGCUUCGCCACGACCAGAGAAAAAUUAUUAGGCAGAUUCACAGGGUUCUCCAGACAAGACUCGCCGAAGCAAACCUAGACCUGCUCGUUUCUUACACCGACUCUUCCUCCUCACCUCCUACACGCGCUCGUUUCUCCCGAGUGCAGCAUUUACUCUUUGUCGCUGACCAUUUCCAUAAAGAGAGUGGACCCACUUGCCCCGCCAUACCUCGAAGUUUUCCUCUUCCACCCCACCACCCGCGUCCCUUCCUUAUCCAACACUCCAACACAAUAUGGUAUCCGCAUCGAAGGCUGCCCGUGAGGCAAAGCGCGCUGCCGAAGGCAAGCCCAAGAAGACCCUCGCCUCCAAGGCCUCCAAGGCUUCUUCCAAGAAUGCCUCAGGAGCCUCGUCCGUGAACGGCGACGGGGAGGACCUCGAGCUCAACGAGGAAGUCCGCAAGCUCACCAUGCAGGAGGACAAGCACGGUCUGUCUGACCGUGUCACCACCGGUGUCCUGGCCUCUCUCCCUGCUUCUCGCGACGUCAAGAUCACCUCCGCCUCCCUCGUGUUCCACGGAAAGGUUCUUUUCAACGACACAACUCUUGAAGUCACAUACGGACGCCGCUACGGUCUGUUGGGUGAGAACGGUUGCGGAAAGACCACUCUCCUCAAGGCCAUCGAUGCCCGCGAGUUUCCGUUCCCUGACCACAUCGACAUCUAUCUUCUGAACCAGGGUGCUCCCAAGACUGAGUUGGGUGCCCUCGACUGGGUCGUUCGCGAGGCCGAGAACGAGCUGGCUCGUCUCGAGAAGUUGGCUGAAGAUAUUCUCGAGAAAGAUGGUCCCGAAUCAUCUCAGCUCGAUGACAUCUACGAGCGUCAAGAGAGCAUGGACCCCUCCACUUUCCACGUUCGCGCCUCCCUUAUCCUGACUGGUCUCGGGUUCAACAAGAAGACAAUCCAGAAGAAGACCAAGGACAUGUCUGGUGGAUGGCGUAUGCGUGUCGCCCUCGCCAAGGCUCUGUUCGUUAAGCCUGCGUUGCUCUUGCUUGACGACCCCACCGCCCAUUUGGAUUUGGAGGCUUGCGUGUGGCUCGAGGAGUAUAUGAAGAAGUGGGACCGCACUCUUAUCCUGGUUUCUCACUCCAUGGAUUUCUUGAAUGGUGUCUGCACAAACAUGCUCGAUAUGCGUCAGAAGCAGCUCCUCUACUACGGAGGUAACUACGACUCUUACCACAAGACCCGAUCUGAGCAGGAGGUCAACCAGACCAAGGCCUACGAGAAGCAGCAGGACGAGAUCAAGCACAUCAAGAAGUUCAUUGCGUCCGCUGGUACAUACGCCAACUUGGUCAGGCAGGCCAAGUCUCGCCAGAAGAUUCUUGACAAGAUGGAGGCAGACGGUCUCAUCGAACCCGUCCAAGUUGACAGGGUCUUCUCUUUCCGCUUCGCUGACGUCGAGAAGCUGCCCCCGCCUGUGCUGUCGCUUGACGACGUCACCUUUUCUUACUCCGGUAACGCUGAGGACAACCUCUACGAGAACCUCGACUUCGGUGUCGAUAUGGACUCGCGUACUGCCCUUGUCGGACCCAACGGUGUUGGAAAGUCGACUCUGCUCAACAUCUUCACUGGCAAGCUUCAACCCACAACCGGUGUUGUGUCGCGUCACACCCAUUUGAAGCUUGGUGUAUACUCUCAGCACUCUGCUGAGCAGCUCGACCUCACCAAGUCCGCUCUUGACUUCGUCAAGGAUAGGUUCGCUCAUGUCAGCCAAGAUUACCAGUACUGGCGCCAGCAGCUUGGUCGCUUCGGUAUGACUGGUGAGGCCCAGACCUCGAAGAUGGCUACACUCUCCGACGGUCAAAAGUCUCGUAUCGUUUUCGCGCUUUUGGCUAUCGAGGGCCCUAACAUGUUGUUGCUCGACGAGCCUACCAACGGUCUUGAUAUCCCCACCAUCGACUCCCUGGCUGAUGCUAUCAAUGCCUUCAGCGGCGGUGUCGUCGUCGUGUCCCACGACUUCCGUCUCCUCGACAAGAUUGCCAAGGACAUUAUGGUCUGCGAGCACAGGACCGUCACAAGGUGGGAUGGAUCUAUCGGCGAGUACAAGAACCACCUCCGCAAGAAGAUGUCAUCCACAGGUGUCCUUGCUUAGAAGUUGUUUGAGAUUGAUUUUGCAAAAUUGCAUAUAUUUUCCGAGCUGCGGAACGCGGAUUCGAAGCAAAAAGUAUUGGCCUGGGAGCAGGGUUCAUGAUACCCCUGCAGUAGGCUGGCAGCUCAGCGCGACCAGCUUCAGUGUCUGUUCUGCGUAGGCGGAGACAACUGGAUACCGCACUUCGAUGCAUUGGGCUUAGAGGAGUUCUUAGAUUUGGGUUACGACCAAAAUGAUAUCACGUAGAAUAAGAAUGAUCACAACCAAACUCUUGCCGUC